AUAAAGCUUAUACUUUCAGUAGCAAUGUAACAAGAAAUUGGAUAUUCCGAAUUCCAAUUCAACCGCUUGCUUGAUAGUUGAUACAUCUAAAUCCGAAAAUCAGAACAUCAUUUCUGAAGAGAUCCUCGAACUUCCCACUACCACACUACUAGCAUUUUCAAACGAUCACAACAAUAGCAUUUGGAAUUAGGAAAUUAUCAGAAGAAACUCUCACAAUUCACCAGUGGAUUAUAGAAUGUCGUUUUCGUUUUUCAAGCAAUCGAGGCCUAAAGCCCCGCAGGAAUUGGUGAAAGCGAUCAAAGAUAGUCUAAUGGCCCUCGACUCCAAAACUGUAGCUGAAGUUAAGGCCCUAGAAAAGUGCUUUGGUCAAUGUCUUGACCUUGUUUCAUUUUCUGGUCUUCUGGCGCUAGAGGAAGUGGAGAAGAAUAUAUCGUCAUUGAGAACUAUGUUGUCUGGAGAUGGUGAGAUCGAGCCAAAUGCUGAUCAGAUUGCACAACUGACCCUUGAAAUCUCUGAUGAAGAUGUUAUAUCUCUUCUUUUUCACAAGCUACCCAUUCUGGGAUGGGAAACUAGGAAAAACAUUGUUCACUGUUGGUCUAUAUUGCUGAAGCAAAAGGUUGAUUCAGUGUUUUGCUGCGAACAAUAUAUGGAGAAACAUCUGGAGUUGCUCGAUUUUCUUGUUGUUUGCUACGAUAACAAGGAAAUUGCUCUGACCUGUGGACACAUGCUGAGGGAGUGUAUCAAAAUACCAUCUCUUGCAAAAUACAUAUUGGAGUCUCCCAGUUUUGAGUUGUUCUUCAAAUUUGUUGAGCUGCCUAAUUUUGAUGUUGCCUCUGAUGCAUUCUCUACAUUUAAGGAUCUCCUUACUAAACAUGCAACGGCAGUUUCUGAAUUCCUGACCAGUCACUAUGAUGAGUUUUUUGAGCAAUACGAAAAACUUUUGACAUCUGCUAAUUAUGUGACGAGGAGGCAGUCUUUGAAGCUUCUCUCGGACUUUCUUCUGGAAUCACCUAAUUCCCAUAUAAUGAAACGGUACGUUGCAGAGGUUCACCACUUAAAAGUCAUGAUGACAUUACUGAAGGAUUCCAGCAAAAACAUCCAAUUAUCUGCCUUCCAUAUUUUCAAGGUUUUUGUAGCCAACCCAAACAAACCCCGAGACAUAAAAGUGAUCCUGGCAAAGAACCAUGAAAGACUUUUGGAACUGCUCCAUAGUCUAUCUCCUGGCAAAGGAGCUGAAGAUGAUCAGUUUGAAGAGGAAAAGGAACUCAUAAUCAAAGAAAUCGAGAGAGUAUCUCGCCUUCCAAACCUUGAAUCUUAGACUUAGUAUAUUUGAGGUAGCAUCCCCCUCACAGAAAUGUAAAGUUGAUUUUCGUGCAACAAGAAAUGUACAAACAUUUUACCUUUAGACAACCUAAUCUUCAUGUCAUCUUUCAAUUCAUCAUGUGAAAAUGACAGUUAUUUCGUGUGGUUUGAGC